UCUUGUACUUAACGCUAAUCGAUGAAUGUUAAAAACAUAUGCAUUACCCUUUGAAUUUAGCUGAAAGUCUUUGCGGAAGUGUGCUGUUCAUGCUGGACGACAUUUUCGGCUAGUACCCCCGGCAAGAUGAAUGCAGAUACUGGUAUUCAUAUGGAGCCAUUGCACAGGCGGCCAGAUCUGAUGGAUGCCAGUGUGGAAUUGUUGAAUGCCCAAUGGCCUCGCAGUAAAGCAGCUAGGCUCCACUCUUUGGACAAGUCUUGCGAAGGCCUACCCUAUUCUCUUGUGAUGGUCAACGCUAACAAUGCGGUGAUUGGCUACUGCAGAUUGGCUAAAGUCAUCAGUGUACCCAGCAGCGUACUGAUUGAGUCUGUGGUGGUUCCUGAAAACCUCCGAGGACGAGGCUUGGGAAGACGGGUCAUGGAUCUGGCUGAAUCGCAUGCCAAGAGGCAAGGCUUCACAACGAUGUACCUCAGCACCAAAGAUAAGCAGGACUUCUAUGCGCACCUGGGAUAUGAAUUCUGUAAAGCAGUCAACACAUUGGAUGCACAGAUGAUUGAGACCUGUGACGCCUUCCCAGCUGGUUGCAACUCGACAUCCUUGAAGUCUGCUCCCUGUUCCAUGAACUCCAAAUGCUCGGCAAGAGACAAUCAACCUACCUCAGGCUGUCAGCAAGUCUCAGGAUGCGACUGUCCCAAACCAGCUGAUAGCAUCUCAGAUGGUACAGGCCCAAAUCCCGACCCCAAAUCUGAGACAGAUGGAAGUGCUCCAUCUGAAAAUGUUCCCCCUGCUCCGCCUCCCCCUCCCGUGAAAGUGUCCAAGACCCCUGCAACGGUCGUCUACUGGAUGAAAAAAGAGGUCACAUGAGGGAUACACGGAGUCAACAACCAGAGACUUUUAUUACUGUACAGUACUAAUUUCAAUAACUCUGAUUCUGGAAUUUAUAAUUGGUUCUUGUGUUUAUCAGUUUAAUUAGGUCUUAAGGUGAGGUUUUAAGAAGGUGCCUGUAUGUUAUGUGUCAACCCCCCCAAAACACCUUUUCUUGCCACCCUUUUCAGCAUUUUAUGGAAAUUGUGGCCUGUCGUUAUUCAUUGCCCGUGUCUUGGACUUGAUUGCCCUUAUAUGACCUACCACAAUUAAAUUCACUGCCGCUGGUCAAGUAGAUGAAUCUGGUAUUUCGACUUAAAAAUCCUGUGAAGAGUCAUGAUUACUGCCAUUGAGAAAUUCCUUCAUGACCCUACACUGUUUUCUCUCAAAUAGUUUGUGUGGAUUGUGAGGAGGGCCAGUUUCAGUCUUCCAGCAUUUCUUUAGUACUGGAGCUGGAGCUCCAUCAGUUUUCUUGCCACAGUAUUAUACGGUUCUCCCUGAGUAACAUGUGGUCCAUUUGAAAAGAAUAAGUAUCAUUAGGAAUUAUCCAGUCAACGUCUUGGAGGCAAACUAUCUGUGUAAUAGUGCACGAUAAAAUGCCCCAACAGGACCAAUGCAGAAUAAUUUACUUCUUGUGAUGUCACUUCAG